CAAGUGAGCUGAUUUUUGGUGAAAUUUCUCGUUCUAAAGAGAGAGAGAAGUUGAAGAGAGAAAAAGAGAAUGACAAGAAGGAGGAGCUAGGAGCAAGGAUGCAUCUUCUACCCCAAGUCUUCUUCUAUUUUUACCAUGUAUCUUCUUCCCUCCUUUAUGGAGUAUUCCUCAAAGAUACUAGGGGUUCUUAACCCCAAACCCUAAUUUUAGGAUUUAUUAUGUAUGUAUGGAUAUUCUAGGGUUUGAAUGAAUGUGUUUGUCUAGUUGAUUUUUAAUGCCACUCUUUCCUAAAUGAUGACGCUUGGGUAAGUCACCGUAAUCUCCCCUCUUAGCCUACUUUAUGCUUCUGCGCUGGGUAAGGAGUUCUAAGGAGAUGGGUAUGCACCAUCUAGCAAGUUUAGGUUAGAUGAGUGAAUGGGGGCUUAUAGUGGUCGAGGGGACCGAACCCCUUCUAUAGGUAGCCUUCGUAGAUGGAACCCGGGAUGAAACCUCGGUGUGGACGGUGGAUUGUGUCCAUUAAAAUGAGCCAUAAGCUUAAAGCCCAAAUACGAUAGCCUAGAUCGAGGUGACUGAAACAUGGGUUAAGGGGAGGCAUACUCGGAGGCGUGUGGAUAACAACGAAGGCCCACGGAAAAGAUCUCACUCACCACAUUCGACAACCAUAAGUAGUAUCCCUAAACUAGGGGGAGGAUUAGUUCCCCGAAGUACCUGAUUUUAGCUUUCAUCAACCUCUAGACUAAUGUUUCCUCAUAUCCUCCACUCAGAACCUCAAAAUUUUUUUUUCUAAUUAACAACAAGUUGGGAAGUAGGCUAGGGUACUAGGACCCGAGUAGAAUACGACUUUGAUUACCACUAUACGACAAUGCCGUCCUAGGUUGAACUUGGCUUAGGAUGGGAUGGUUGUUGAUACGUGCAAACCACUGACAAUAAUAUGCACGGAUUCAAGUGAUCAAGCUUUUUGGCGCCAUUGACGGGGAUCCUUGGUAACUAGUAGAAAAUCAUUAAGUUGUUAUUUAGUUUUUUCCUUGCUUUAGUGGUUUGUUUUGUGUUGUGUUUGUGUUGCUGGUUUGUUUUGUUUUGUUUUUGUGCUUUCCUUUCGUAUUCUGUUUUCAUAUUUGUGUCUUUGUUUGUAUUGUUAUUUGCCACUUUUGUAUGUCACGGGUUGUUGAGGUUGUGUUUUGUAGCAUCCUUGUAUGCAAAGAAGGGACUCCUGGGAAGUAUUACCUCUCGAUUCUGAAAUCGAGAGAGCCCUUCAGAAUCUAAAAAGAGUUACAAGACCUCAACCUCCACCAAUGGCGAAACAUCAAGCUCAAGUACCACCUAGGCCAAGAACAAUGGGUACUUACUCUAGGGCAAGCGUGGGCAAUGUUCAAUCACCUAUUCUUCAUCUGACGUUACCCAAAAAUGAUUAUGAGAUCAAGCCAGGCACAAUAUCGAUGCUUCAAAGUGAGGAUCAAUUCAACGGGAUGAUGAGUGAAGAUGCACAUGCGCAUGUCAAGUCAUUUUACGAGUUGACAGAUGGAAUCAAGGCGAAUGGGGUUCCUCAAGAGGCUAUCUGACUAAGGUUAUUACCAUUUACCUUGAACGGAGCGACAAAGAAGUGGUUGAAUAAUCAACCACAUCACUCAAUCACCUCAUGGAAUGAUCUAUGCAACAAGUUCUUUGCAAGGUACAUUCCACCUUCUAAGACAACUUUGAUGAGAAGUGAGAUUACUAUGUUUCGUCCAGCGGAGAAUGAACCAUUGUUUGAAGCAUGAGAAAGAUUUACGUCUCUCCUACUCAAGUGUCCUCACCAUGGCGUAGCUGAUUGGCUAUAAGUCAAAAGCUUCUAUAGUGGGUUAACAAAGGAAUCACGGAGCCUCAUUGAUGGGGCUAGUGUAGGUGCCAUUCGGAACAAAGAAGUUAGAGAAUUUCAACAAUUAAUCAAAGAGAUGGCCCUUAAUAGCUACGAUUGGGGUGACGGAAGAAGAGGCAAGAGCAUAUCAAAGGGAAGUUUAUUGAAGAAUGAAGAUCCAUCGUCUCUAUCGACCCAUAUCCAAGAACUUUCCAAGAAAAUCGAUCAAGUUGCAUCAUCAAUUAAGGGCAAUGGGAAGCAACUUAUGAAGGAUGAUUGAUGCGGUGACUGGAGUCAUAAUAUGGAAGAAUGCAAGUCUAUGAUUGAAGCUUCUAUACAAUUCGAGCAAGUCAACUUUGUUGGAGGUCAAUCUCGAGGAAACAACCCUUAUAGCUCGACGUAUAAUCCGGGAUGGAGGAAUCACCCGAACUUUCUUUGGUAUUCUGCAAUGGAUAGGAACCCUCCGGGGUUUCAAUCUCAAGCUCCAAUGCAAAAUUCUUACCAAAGGCCGAGUUAACCUACAUACCAAGGAGUGUUUCAAGAACAAAGCUGACCCUCCGAUGGUCGACUUGCUAAACUUGAAGAUCUGCUAGGCCAAUUUGUCACACAUUCCAAUAAGAAGUUUGAAGCUUUUGACAAGUUCAUAGAGAAUACCUCAACCAAAUUCUCGAGUUUGGAAGUGGGUCAAAGGAAUCAACAAGCUUCACUUCAAAAUCUUGAAGCUCAACUAAGUUCAUUGGCUCAAACUAUCUCAUUGAAACCUCAAGGAACUCAACCAGGCAAUACCGAGCCGAACCCAAAAGAAGGAUGCCAUGUGGUAACUCUAAGGAGUGGCCGACCGUUGAAGGAGAUUCAUAUUUCAAAUCCAAGGAUCCCGGUAAGAGAAGUUCAUGAAUAAGUUGUUCAAGAAGAAGUAGCCCGGGAGGAAUUACAACCGCCAUUAAAUUCAAUGUCGAGGA